AUUAGAGUCCACUCCAUUCUUCAAAAAUGGUUGCUCCCUCGGCUUUCCUGAGCUUGCUGAUCGCCAGCAAAACGUCGCUUGCGCUGGCCCAGAAAACGUGGCCCUCAUCUUUGGAAUUCCUGGCAAAGGGAAGUGAUGAGGAAUACAAAGACUUCGUGACACCCCUCGCGCAGAUGACCAAGCUGACCUACACAGCGACCUGGGGUUCAUACUACCGCGAGAAGGACGAAAACGAGACUAUCGCAGGUUGGCUGCGAGGCAAGCUGCAGUCAAACCCUUUAGUGGGGAUGAGAGCGCUCACCUUUUUUGAGUGGAAUACGAACCGUGGCGUGAUGGCCUUCCGUGGUACUGAUCUCAACUCUUCCAACCCAAGUGGUCAAGUAGACGCUUGCGCCAAUGCCUUCUUGAGCUUAUGUGAAAGUCACAGCGGUCAACUGCCCGCUGAGUGCCAGAAUUUCACCGUCCACCAGCUGGACUACCUCUCGCGAGCAUUGGAGUUUGCGCAAACGGCUGCUGAAGCCCAUCCGAACACCCAGUGGCUCUACACGGGGCACUCCCUGGGCGCCCUGUUGGCGGAGCUGGUGGCGGCGCAGCGCUCGGGCGCUCCAGCCCUGACCUUCAGCGCUCCGCCGUUGACGCCACUGCUGAAGCGCCUCAAACAGCCGGAGCUAAGGCACUGGGGCACCGUGACGCUCUAUGAUCAAUACGACCCCUUGCGGUUUCAAGCGGUGGGCCAACUGUGGAGUGCGAACUGCACCUGGGCUCGCGCAGAAGCUCCGGAAGGCUGCAAGGCUUGUGAGGCUGCACCCAUCGAUAUGCAUUCAGAGGCUUGUCAGAAGUGCUUCUUUGCCGCUCACACAUUCAAAACCUAUCUGAAGAACGUGUAUUCUCAAAGACGUCCAGAUUGCCCUGACUCCACUAAUACCGUCAUCGUUUGAGCUGGAGCUGCUCAGUCAGCGUCAUCUUUUGCUUACAACAUGAGGCCAGCAAAAAUACAAA